GGCCGGCGGCCGCUGUCGGCCGGAUGGAGGAGGCGGAGGAGGAGGAUGGAGGCCGGGGAGCCCCAAAGGGCCCGGCGGCAUCGGCGGCGGCGUCCGACCGAUUCGUGCGGUGCCUUUAUGCGGUGGGCUUCCUGGAUUUAUUUGGUGUGAGCAUGGUUGUUCCUUUAAUGAACCUUCACAUCAAAUCUCUAGGAGCCAGUCAUACAGUUGCUGGAAUAAUAGGGUCUCUCUAUGGUAUAAUGCAGCUGGUUUCCAGCCCAUUUGUGGGCUGCUGGAGUGAUAUAGUAGGAAGAAGGUAUUCCCUGCUUGCUUGUAUUCUUCUCAGUGCCCUGGGUUACUUCCUUCUUGGAAUGUCCACCACUGUGUUCCUGUUUGCCAUUUCUAGAGUCCCUGUAGGUAUUUUCAAACAUACGCUCUCCAUCUCUAAGGCCCUGCUUUCUGACUUGGUUUCUGAGAGAGACCGCCCUUUAGUAAUGGGACGCUUCAAUGCAGCCUCUAGUGUGGGCUUCAUUCUGGGGCCUGUUGUUGGUGGCUACCUUACAGAGUUAGAAGAUGGCUUUUAUCAAACGUCUUUCAUCUGUGCCUCUAUCUUCCUUCUGAAUGCUGGUCUUGUCUGGAUGUUACCCUGGAGUGAAGAAAACAGUGCCAAUAGGGAACAUCGACAAGGCAACAAAGGAACAGACAGUUUCACAGCAAAAGCAAAUUGUGACCUGCACUCAAAAGCAGCAACUAAUGGAGCUGUGGCAAGCAAUAGUCUUUUCCAGUCUCCAUGGGCCCAAGUGGGAACAGUGCUGACGAGGAUUAAAGGCAUUGCCUGCUCUGAUCUGUGGGAUAUAUUUCUGGUGCGGUUGCUGAUGUCUGUUGCUAUCCUGCUGUACUACAGCAAUUUUAGUCUGGCCUUGGAUGAGAGAUUUGGGGUGAAACCCUUGUUCGCUGGGUACCUAAUGAGCUAUAGCAGUGCGCUCGGAGUCCUGGCAGGUUGUCUUCUCGGACCGAUAACGAGACUGUAUCAGCACAACACUUACAGGAUUUUGUUGCACUCCAGCACUUUUACCUGCACGUUGAUUCUCCUGUACGCGUCAGCGCCGAGCAUAUGGAUGGUCAUUUUGUCUUCCACGUUCUUAGCCUUUUCAACAACUAUAGGUCGUACUUGUAUCAUUGAUCUUGAGUUGACCAUCGGUGGGAACGAGGCCAGCGGUACGCUCCUAGGUGUCGGACAGUCAGUGACAUCAGUGGGACGUAUACUUGCCCCACUCCUUGCUGGAAUUGCUCAGGAGUUCAGUCCUUGUGGCCCUCCAAGUCUAGGGGUUGGACUAGCUUUAGUAGCUAUUCUGAUAAUGAAUGCCAACAAACAAAAAUAUUGUAGCCAUGGAAACGUUAAGUCAAAAACUCAAUAGCUGCAAAUUUGGAUUGUAUCGGUGUAUCUUACAGGAGAGGCAAAGUGAAUCAACCUGGGGUGAUGCUUACACCUGCCAGACUUGUACAGCAGUCACAGGAUCUUUUAAGAGGGCAUGUUAUGUUCACUUGGAGGCAAGUAUGUGUAAAUAUUCCUGCUGCAGGGAUGUAAACUCUAGAAAAAUGUUAUUCUAACUGGUACCACUAGAACACUUGCGAGAAGGACAGCUGUUGCUGUACUGUACUGGCUGGGAUGUUUUUAUGGAUUUUUAACCUUUUUGGAGGGGGAAAAAAAAAAGAACAACAUGAAAUACACAAAUUCUGGCUGUAGGUCACAUUUGAAACACUGUUUAGAUUGAUAGAUUGUUAAAAGACAGAAACUGAUUCUUAUUAUUUAAUCAAAAGUGAAUUUUUAUUAUUUAAUCAGAAGGAGAAUUUGCAAUAUAGCUCGUUAGCCUUAAUUUCUUAUGCUGCGGUCUGCUGCCAUUUGUCUGCUGUGACAGUAGCUUAAUUAACAGGGUGUUUGCUCAUGUGAUUUUGUUAAGCAUACUUUGUCUACUUGCUGCACAGCAUGAUUAGGCACCUUGGGGUAGCCAUCCACCCCCUGCUGAUUCCUGGCCUUUCCCAGGUAGCAGAAUUGAGUAUAUGCUAAUUUCAUGUAUUAGAAGACCUAAAAUGGGACAAUUUUAGAAUAAUACGGGGUCAUUCAGACUGAAACUGUGACUGAAUGUAAGCUUUAUUGAAACUUGAACUGGUGGUUUCUGCUUAGUAAUAACUUCUGCUGAGCAAAUUUGUUAUAAGUUAUUUGUUAAUAUUUCCUGUGCAAUUUUUCUACCUUCAUUUUAAGAAUAAAUUUGUUUCUUAAUUCUUUUGAAUGACUGUUAAAGGUGUGCUGGAGCAACUAGCAGUGGUUCAUGGAUCUGGAUUAAUGCAUUUUCUCUCAUCUCUAGAGGCAUAAGUGACAUUUCAAUGAUGAGAAAAACUCUUUAUUUGUUGGUAUUCUGGUCUUCACUGAUCUGCACUGCUUAACUAAUGAGAGGUUACUUACUCUCAGAGCUAGACUGAGAGUUGUAGCACUCUCCUGUGCUAUUCACUGUUCAAGCUCAUAUUACUUGCGAGUCACCACUGCUUGCAUUUCAUUUGAAACAUACAAAAAAUGUAUUUUGCACUCAUAAUUUUCCAUAUGCUUUUCCUGGUAUUACUUGAUGAAAGUACAAAGUCAACAAUGCAUAAUUGUUGGUGAUUAUUUUUUUUUUAUAUUAAAAACAAUGUAGUUAUCUCCUUGAACGCAUCCAUGCAAAUAGUGUUGCUGAUUCAGGAGAGUCAUAUAUGUUGUUUUGCAUUUUUCAUUUUUGUUUACCUUUCCCAGUGCCUGAUAUCAUUUAAAUCCGUCUUGAAACCUCAGUCAUUCCAGUGGCAGCACAAUGGGAGUAUGUAUAGAAUAGUGAGGUGGUUAAAUUUUAUAUAUUGACAUGAGUGUGUGUCUUAUUACUGCUAUGAUUUCAGUACAUAUCCUCAGAGGUACUUAUUGUAAUAAUUUGUGCUUAAUUUCUCCCUAGGAACUUGAGGCAUUUUCAGGCAUCUUAUUUCCUCUUGUCUUGCUUGGUAGUUGCCCCAAAACAGUCUUCCCCUAAAUUUCCUAUUUUCUUUCUUUCCAUGUUUUAGAUUUGUUUCUUUAACCGAAAAACACCCUUGUGUAACUUUUGGCAACUAUAGCAAGGCAUGAAGGAAAAUGGUAGGAAAAAUCCUCAAAAAUUAAUAUAUAUGAAAGAUUGAGUCAUUUUCCCAAAACUUGUUGGUUAUAUGAGGUAAAGUAACAUUUACCCUUCUAAGUUGCUGCACUGAUUAAAGCUGAAUUCUGUAAACACCGUAAAAUUCUGUUUAUACUAACAUACACAGCUGCCUGAAUAUUGCUUAUAAAAACUUCAAAACUUCAGUGGUUUUGUUUACAUAUAAGUGAAAAAUGUGCUUUUCACUAUCAACAAAUAUUUUUUAUUUUGAAAGAUAGUCCUCCAUAUAAGCUAAAUAAAAAUUAAAUUAAAUAAUCGAAUUGAGAAAUCUGUGGACAGCUGUGGUCUCAGGGAGACAUUGCAACUGAAGUUACGGAAGAAACCUUCUUUACUUGUAGGCCAGAAUGAUUUCUGAAGUGCUGCAGAGACAUCUCUUCUUUGUAAAGCCUCAUUUAAAGGGAAGUUGCACUAUUUUAAAAAAAAAAAAAGUAAUAGAAAUAACAUGAAGUGACAUUCCAUGUCUAUCAUUUUGUCACUGUGCUUUUCCCCCCUCUUCCUCUGCUAAAACUACAGCACAAAAUAGAGGUGUUCAAGUCAAUAUGAAGUGCGGAUGUUUUUGUUGUGGUUUUUUGUUUGUUUGUUUCUUGAAGCUGUUCCUUAAACGUUCAUUCAAAUCUGCCUACUUUUCACACAAAAGGCACAGAACCUAAGGAUUCAGCCACAAAGUGGUUUGACAGUGAAUGAAAAAAGAAGUAAUCAAAGAAAAUAGAGAACUUCCCAGUUGUGAGAUAAAGUGCUUAAAGCUACUGUGCCCAGUGCCUGGAGACCAUGUUUGCAUCCCUUGUGUUGCCUCUUAGUUGCCAGAACCAUGCAAGUUCAGAAGGUGAUGGGUAAAUGACAUCCCUGGAAAUGAGGAGAUGGGACUUCCCCUUUUAAGUUGAGGGAGGAGCAGUUACAGCUAUUUUUGGCUACAAUCUUGAAUCCUCCCUCAAGUCCGAAUUAGCAGUUUCUUGAGUCCAUUUGUGGUAUGUGAAUACUGUAACGAAACAGAGAUCUGAAUAUGGACUAAAGAAAAAACAUUUAUACCUGCAAAUCGCUGCAAAUCAAAAUUUUUCUCUUGCUUGCUGUUGCUUCAGCUUUGGGUUGGUUUUCCUGGGCUUGUACGCAGGGUUGGGGCUUUUUGCUUUUUAUGUUUUGAAAAUUUCACUUUUUUAACAGUAACUACUUUUCUGACCUUUAUGAUCAGCUGACAUCAAGAGGCUGCGUAUGCAAUGUAGUAAUUUAUUUCUGUAAAGCAGCUGGUGGCAUAUGAUAUGUAUUGAUUUUGUUGCUUUUAAAUGAUGAAGCAAAUGUAAAAUUUAUUCCAUGUUGGUGUAUGCUGCAUACAUUUGAAGAGAACCUUUAUAAACAUACCUGCAGUUCUGCAGA